CUUGUUCGUUGUUUCAUGUUGCUCUUAUAUGGACCCUAUCGUUGUUGAUUGACUGCUAGCAGCACUUCCCCGGACGCAGAGAUUAGCUUAAUCUCAUUCCUCGCUUUCGGGCAUUCCUUGCCUUGUAUUCCUCACCAUUCACUUUGACGCCCUCUAGUGAUGCCGCCAACGCUAACUCUACCUCCCGCUGUUAUCUUUGAGUCUGACGAUUUAUCUGAAUCUGGUUCAGUCUUAACCAGCCAACGAUUUCCCCACACCCGUGCCCAAUUAUUAGCUAUAAUCCGCCAGCAGAAGGGCGGUGCAGACGGCUUUGAUGGAGAUGGAGACGUAGAUGAAUCAAUCCGCAUCAGCACCUCUUUUGUGACGAAAGUAGCAGGAUUUCUUGCUAACGAGCAAGAGGAUGAACUUAAAGAAUCAUUGAAAACUACUUGUGGGGUAGAAGACGACAUGCUUGAACAACAUGUCUUAGAUUUGAUGCAUAGACACCACGACGAUGUAGCAGGCGUGCCUUUCCUUUUCUUGACUCCAACACGACGGCCAUCUCGACCCUCUUCUCGCGCUUCCACCCACUCUGCUGCUCGGCUCAUCCCAAACAGGCCAGAUACCCCCACUUCAGUACCCAACUCUCCUCUUGCUAUUGGUUUUCGUAGGCCACAUACACCUGCUGGUUCCCCUCUUGUAACUGGAAGCGCAAACUCAUGCAUGACUGCACGUAGCGUUUCACCAAUGAACUCGCCAACACUCGCGCAUGCACAAGCACAAGCACAUCCGCAGUUCACUUCGAGCCUUCCAUCCUCACCAAUAUCCUCUCCUCGACUUUUGAGUGCAAAAGCAACUGAAUUCAAGCCCAUUCCCCGGCCCCUAUCUGCAGCUGCAGCUUCGUCCGCCCCCGGAACCCUUUCUGGAUAUAGAACCGAGACACCGUCUCCUGACCUGUGGUCCCAUAGCCAGCUCAGAGCAACUUCUAAUCUUGCCAUCGCCGCGCCGUUGAUGCCGGGUGAUUCUUUGCAGCCCAGAGCUGUAACUCCAAGCUCCCUCCGCUCUGGAUGGACAGUACCCCCAAUCUCACCCGAUGAUCCACUUGCACAAAGUUACUACCAGCAUGGCUAUGACUAUGACCCGCAGUUCGAUGGAUCGGUCGACGACGCGGAGGGGACAGGGUACUUGACAGAUGGGAUGACACCUCUUGAUGUGCUUAGCUCGGUGUUUGGAUCCACCCUUGCGCCAUCCGAGCUUGAAGAUGCACUUUCUCAGAACGGCUAUGACUUCGAUCGUGCUAUGGCAUGGCUUGUUGAUCGCGCUCUACCUUCUCCACCUCAGCACAGCCAACCUCGUAUGCAGUCCAUGGGAGGACGAGUGACAUUAGUGGCUAGGGAUGGCAGCGCCGGAGUAGUGCAUGGGGGGCGCGGAGGCUUCCAGCCCGCUCGAGGUUCUACCAGAGGCAAUGGACGGCCCGUCUCCGGCGGAAAUAGGGUUUGCCGCUAUUACCUUGCGGGCGAAUGCUUGCGAGCCGAUUGCCGCUUCAGCCAUGAUCUAGAGAGAGCGCUCUGCCGGUUCUGGUUGCGUGGGACCUGCGCCAAACAAGAUCAAUGUGAAUUUUUACAUCACCUUCCUAAAGACGUUGAUGUGGCCAGUGUGACUGGGGCACUGUCACGGACUAGUCUCAGCAACUCUAGUACCCGUACUACAAGCCCUCCACCUGAUGAAUUCCCAGCCCUCGGAUUUGAUGCUUCUCGUAAUCGGAGAGGUUAUGGCGCCCGUGAUGGUCAUUGGCAACACGAUCCCGGCCGCACGAGAUUUGCAGCAGCCGUAAAGAGACCAGCUCCUGCUCAAGUGCCGGUGGACCGCACAACGGCUACUCGCCCGCCAAUCUCAUCGAAUGCAUCCGUGGAUAACUUGCACAUCCGCACCUCGAUCUUACAUCCACCGGCGCUAUUGCCCACGCUACCUACUGGGGAAUCGAUCAAUGCUUUAUAUAUGUCCUAUCGAUCUCGAGCACUGCAACUGGGUGCCGCUCGGAAUGCGUGCUUAUCCCGGGCCGCCGAUGCAUGGAGACGUGGCGACGGUGCCGCAGCCAAACGAUUUAGCAGGGAGGGUCACGAUCUCAAUGCUAAAAUGGGCAAUGAGAUGACGACAGCGGCUAGUAAACUCGUCAGAGAACGUGCAAAAGUUGCCGAACAAGCUGUGAAGAGCCGAGACCUUGGUUGGUCUGAUGAUGCCGGAGAUCGAACUGCCCGUGGCCGAAGCUGCGGGGGAGGUUUAGGAGUAUGUCUAGGCAUAGCCAGCACCACCACAGGCGGUGAUUCGAAAUUGACGUCAGAAGAGAGAACUGAAUCUAUGCUCGAUCUUCACGGUUUACAUUCGAAUGAGGCAACAGAUGUUCUCGAAGAAUUUUUGCUUGCUGUGACUUUCCUUAUUGUCGGAGAAGAAAAGCACACUGGAACACAGGACGCAGCACGUGGUGCCUCGCGGGCUCGCCUCGCUUCGGGCGUGCGAGAAUGGCUUCAUCGGUGGGGUUAUCCUUGGAGUGAGCGCGAUGGCAUCAUAUGUGUAGACGCUCUUACUCACGGAUGAGGACGUUGGUGUAAUAUCCACACCACCGGAGCCGGGGGAAUGAGCCUUUUGCUAAGACUGGUAUUUGCUUUGAAAUGGAAUGCUGUGAAGGAUAAUGUGUUAUUAAGCAGAUCUAUUGAAGGUUGUAUGAUUGUACAAACAAGGACAGAAAAUGUGAUUUUAUCUUUUCCCAUC